AUGGGCAGUGGCAGUCUCGUCAGGGGUACACGAUGGGUCAUCGGUCAACCUCGAAGUUUUGAAGGUACGUACAAGGAAGGGGGGCAUCUAUGUCUCGCGGUAAAGGGGGGACAAGAGGAUACCAAUGGGAACCUGAAUAUCAAAAAUACUGAACCAUGCCAUCGAUUAUGUGCCAACUUGAUGAGUGUAAUCGAUAAAAUUUCCAUUCAACGCCAAACUGAGGUAGUGCGCAUACAUCAGGGUGACUUUCGAAUCUUCUUUCCGCUGCUCCCCGGUAUCUCUGAGGCAGUGUUGGUGUCCGCUAAAACCGCGAGGGCCUCUUGCAGUUAA